AUGACCUUUGCUAUGCGUGGUUUGACUCGUCUGACACAAUGCUUGCGUUCGACAAGCGCUGUAUCAGUCCCUCGUACAAGUAUUCGUGCGUACAGCACGCCUGCUUCGCCCAAAGGCAAGUCAAAUGCCGGCGUCUCCGCCAUUGUGGCGGCAUUGAUUGCGUCUGCUGCCACGGGAGCUUUUGUUAUGCAGAAUGACAUUAAGGACUUCAUUAAUGGUAAGACAUCCGGCACCAAAGUUCCCACGAAGGAAGAUUAUCAGCAAGUGUACAACGAAGUUGCUAAGAACUUGGAGGACGCGUCCUACGAUGACGGCAGCUAUGCCCCUGUGGUUUUGCGUCUUUCGUGGCACUCCUCCGGUACCUACGACAAGAAUGAACACAACGGCGGCAGCAAUGGUGCGACGAUGCGCUUCAAGCCAGAGGCUAGCCAUGGAGCCAAUGCCGGUCUUGAAAACGCUCGCAAGUUCCACGAGCCUAUCAAAGCCAAGUUCCCCUGGAUCUCAUAUUCGGACCUCUGGACGCUCGGUGGUGUGGCUGCUGUACAAGAAAUGGGUGGACCUAAGGUGCUCUGGCGCCCUGGUCGUCAAGACAAGCCUGUAGAAGCGACGCCCCCUGAGGGUCGUCUGCCGGGUGGUCCCGAAGACCGUGACCAGCUGCGUAAGAUUUUCUACCGCCUUGGAUUCAACGAUCAGGAGAUUGUGGCUCUGGCUGGUGCUCACGCUGUGGGACGCUGCCACACGCACCAUUCGGGAUAUGAUGGCCCAUGGACGUUUUCGCCCACGUCAUUCACGAACCAGUACUAUGUGAUGUUGCUCGAGCAGGACUGGGUCCCUAAGGAAUGGGAUGGACCUUUCCAAUAUGUGGACAAGGAGUCGAAGUCGUUAAUGAUGCUUCCCGCGGACUACUUGCUUGUUAAGGAUGGCGCAUUUAACAAAUACGUCAAGCAAUAUGCCAAGGACGAAGAAAGGUUCUUCAAGGACUUUGCAAGUGCCUACUCGAGACUCAUGGAGCUGGGUGUACCUAAGGAAAACUUUGAGGAAGCAGCCAAGAAGCUUGGUAUCGACGGUCCCCUCACAUUCAAGACGCUGGAUGAGCAAGAGUAA